UUCGCGUUUCGAAGAAGCACCCGGUGAGUUUACCGAAACGCUCGUGGCAUUGCGCUUGCAUUCGUCCGCGCGAACCUUCGUCGUUUUCGCGCGCGCAGCCUCUUCCUCUUUCGUCCUCUCGCGAUCCUGUUUUUCUCUUACAAUUCGCGCGCUGUCCGCUUCAUUUCCGCUCGUUCAUCUGGACCACGCGGCCCCGCGAUGACGUUCGCCAGUCAUUCAGGGUGAUACACCGACGAUCGUCGCUCGUAGAUCCCUGGAACUCUAGACAGAAACGUCGCACUUCCGCACGUGUCCACGUCGAUCGUUUGACGAAAGGAAACGAAGGACACGAUUCAAGUGAUUAAAAAGUGUCCCCAGUGUUGUUUUACUCCAGAACCAAGUGUACAUUCUUGACCACGUGUAGAUUUUCGAUCUCCAGAGAUCCUCGAGAUCGUCAGAUUGAUUCCAUCGAGAAGAAACAGCUGUGCAGCGAAUCCUCAGAAUCCCCGGGAAAUCUUCGCGAUAGCGAGGAUAUAGCGUCGUUUGCCGAUUUUUCGUCAGUGGUUCGUCCCGUUGCCCGCGUUUUCCCGCGAUAUUUGGUGGCUGCUGUGUCGCGAAUUUUCGAGAAGCGUGAAUCGGUGGCAGCCUUGAAAAUGAAACGUUUGACGAAAGGCGACUCUUAGAUAGGCGCACCGGUUAGAUUUUCGGGGGAUCGGUUUGCAUUCGUCGGAUCGGCAAAGGGACCUUUGAUCUUCUGGCUGAAAAACGCGUCAGCGUCGAGGAUACAUCGGCGAAGAAUUUGCCUCGUUUACGUUGAAAUUAAUUUCGUGGCCGUGACAAGCCCAGCGAACGAUCAGACUUAAUCUCGCGUCGGGUGGCAUGAACGCCGAGGACUGCUGAUGAAUGGGUGACACGGUGUUUCAGUCGCGUACCAAUAUUUGAUUUCCACGGGCACGGGUUAUCGUUCGUCCAUGGCGUCGAUUGGAUACGCGCGUCUCUUCCGGUAAACGCGAUUGGAUAGCUUAACGUCGAGCGUCGAAAUUCCGUGCAAGAUGUUCGAUUCGUUGGGUCCGACGCGGUCCCUGGAUCGUUGCUGCGAGGAUUCCUGCGAGGGUCCACGAUCCCUCUUCGAAUUAGCGAAUUGAGGGCGAGUCGCUCGGUAUUCUAGCGUGAAAUCGGUUCAUGUCGUCACAGUGGAGGGAACAUAGCAGCUACGUUUAUCCGUUCGAAGUGGUGUUUGUGUUUCCGGGAUACACGUCUACAGAUCGGUGUGGAACUGUCGCGAAUCGACCAGUUACGUUUUCUUCGAGUGUCGUUCGCUUGGCACGGGGACGUUCGCUGAAAGAGGAAAUGAAGGACCAUCCAGACAGCACGUAGGGACUGGCCCUUUUCGUUUUCGGAAAUGUGUCGCUAUCUACGGUACACUGUCCUCGGGCUCACCGUCGUCCUGCUGACGAUUCAUGAGAUAGUCUUCGUACGGGCUGGCGAACAAGAGAGAGAGGUCUGGUAUGAGGCGGCGAUACGCGCGAUCGAAGCUCGUAUUCGCGCGUCGGCGGCGAGUUCGAGCGUCAGUGGGACGACGCCGCCGAGCGGCGUGGCGCGGGGCGUCGUUCUCUUCGUCGGCGACGGGAUGGGGAUGAGCACUCUCACGGCAGCGAGGAUUCUCUCGGGUCAACGUCAUGGAAAUACAGGCGAGGAAGCGCAACUCGCCUGGGACAGCUUUCCAGCCGUGGCACUAGCAAGGACUUACAACAUGGACGCCCAAGUUGGAGAGUCUUCGGCAUGUGCCACGGCGCUACUCUGCGGAGUUAAAGCCAAUUACGAGACUGUUGGCCUGGACUCCUCUGCACGCUUCGAGAACUGUUAUUCCAGUUUUGAUGCCCGUGUACCGUCUCUUAUCAAUUGGGCGCAGGACCAGGGUAAAUCGACUGGACUGGUGACGACCACCAGGGUAACGCACGCGACGCCAGCAGCCCUUUACGCUCAUGCAUCCAGUCGUUACUGGGAGGACGACGGCAAGGUGCCACCUGCUGCACGGACCUCUUGCAAGGACAUCGCGCGUCAGCUGCUCGAGGAUGAGCCUGGUCGCAGCAUCAACGUGGUCCUCGGCGGGGGGAGGCGUCAUUUCGUACCGAAAGUGAUCCAGGAUCCAGAGGAGCCGGAUAAGGAGGGCAGACGAUUGGAUGGGAGGAAUCUGAUCGAGGAAUGGUCCAGAAACCACCGGUUGCGGAGUAUGUCCGCGAAAUACGUCGCUAACAAGGAGCAGUUAGAGAACGUCGAUCCACGAAAAGUGAACCAUCUGCUGGGACUGUUUUCCUAUUCCCAUAUGGACUUCGACGUCGACCGGAACACGAAUGGAAGCGGCGACCCUUCGCUGGCCGAGAUGGCGAUAAAGGCGCUUCGCGUGCUGGCGAAGAAUCCCGAAGGAUAUUUCCUCUUCGUGGAAGGUGGUAGAAUCGACCACGCGCAUCACUAUAACAACGCUUAUCGAGCGUUGGACGAAACAUUAGCGUUGGAGGAAGCGGUGAGGGCUGUGAUGAAGGAAGUGGACCUGUCGGAAACGCUACUCGUCGUGACAGCGGAUCACUCGCACGUGCUCACGCUUGGUGGUCUCGCCACCCACCGUGGAAAUCCCAUAUUUGGUUCUGAUAGCAAGGUGUCGGAUGUUGAUGGACAACCGUAUACAACGUUGUUGUACAGCAAUGGUCCCGGAUACACGCAGCCACGGAAUAUUCUACGCGAGACUGGCAAGGAUUCCAUUCAGACGGCGGGGGUGCCACGUGCCUGGGCAACUCACGGGGGAGAGGACGUACCGGUGUUCGCCAUAGGUCCGCUGGCGAGUGUCUUGUUCUCCGGCAGCAUCGACCAGAGCUAUAUACCCCACGCCAUCUCGUACGCCUCCUGCCUGGGUCACCACGCGAGCCGUUGCUCCCGAGAUUCCACGUCCAGCAACGACACAAUGAGCGUCCCGAUAAGCUGUCCCUCGGCGGAGCCAAACAGCGCUGCGAUAUCCAGCGACGUGAUGAAUGACCAGGCCAGAAAUCCACCCACGAAAUCCGGCGCGUCUCUCGAAGCGAGCGGCUGCCGCGCGCUGACCAGUGUUCUGCUGCCCCUUAUCCUCGCCAUCCUGCUGUGCCCGCUCGAGGGAAGGAGUUAAUGCCCGCUCGAGUCUCUUCCGGUGAAUAGCUCUCUGUAACGUUCGACGCGGACCCGAAGAAGCUCACCGAUAAUCUUCUCAGACGGAACAACAGGUGAUUCUAAUGAUCGCGUGGGAUGGACCCAAGGGGGACUAAGAAACCUCGAUGAUUCGGGUUAGGUAGAUGCUGGUUUCGGUGCGCGAACUUUCACGUGAUCCAACGAUCUCCGCGCGGGUGGAAAACUGGAGGGUCUAUUAAUUCCCGAUGGCCGAGGCACCGGAGUGAAAGAUUGGGAAUCACGGAGUGAUAGUAACGCGGAAGUAAUUGGGAUCUAAAGAAGGAAGAGUGGAAGGAGGGUGGAGGAUUAAAGACUAUAUUCACCGUGAAUUUCCCUACGCGGGGGUUAGGAAUAAUUUAUCAACGAUUCGAAACGUUGAGUCUCGAACCAGAAGACCGCCUACCUCGCGCAGAAGCUGUUUCGGAAAAUCCAGGGUAUCGCUGAGCGCGACUGACACCCGCCAGGGUCCCGCUGUCGCUUAUCCUCCUCCGCUGCCAUAUCACUUCCGGAGAGAGGAGUUAAUCCCAGGACCCUGCUUCUUUCAGGGACGAAGCAACGUACGCACCUCGAUGGGGUCGCGGUUAAUCAGCUUCGGAGGUCAACGGAUUAUCCGAGAGACGCUCCAAAUCACGAAACGAUCAAUUCUGCCGCAGCCUACUCGAGACUGUCGAGCCUUUCGCGGGAACUCGGUAUUACGCGAGUUCGGUGGUUCGUGGGAGUGCUCGGGUGUAUGCGAAAGAAUUAUAGGCAGCACUGUUUAUGUUUCACGACUCGAAAAAGUGGCAAUUCUGACACCUCCUCCGAUCUCCAUUUUUCGCAUAUAGUCGAGCACUACUUCAUUCGAAGUCGACGAAGCGACAUUCACUCGACACAGACACUUUGCUCCUCGCUAUCGAGUUCUACUCGCUUCGAAGAAGAGUUAAUGGCAAUUCUUGCCUAAUUUCACGAAGAAUUUAGAACUGUACGACGAGGGUAGGGAGAUUCGGGGCAGUCGAGGGACAAUUUACGACGAUAAUGACUAUCCCAAGGCUGCUCGAUGAACUUUGGCGACUUCCAAAGCCCUCCAAGGAUCUAAAUGAGGUUUACAAGUGCUACGCGACGAGAAUACUUCACGGCUGAACCCUCGGCGGAGUUCCGAUGAACUCGGAGGUUCAAUUAAAGGAGCGUUUAGCGCGACGAAACAGAUAUCUGACGACGUCGAAACAAAGUGUCGCGGAACUUGCUCGCGAAACGAAAUCCAGUGGAAGUGAUUGUUGUUUAGUGGAGGAGGGAGGAAGGGGGUGCCAUUUCACGUUCUUCGCUUCAGUUUCCAAAGGGCUAUUUAAAUCAUGUGUUCCGUGACGAUCCAGUCAAUUGAAACUCUGAAGACUAUUAGAUGUACGCGUAUGAACGAAUCGAACGUCGAGGGGAGUAUUAAUUAGAGAAGAAUUUUAUAUUGGAAACACGAUUACGCCUACGAAUCUCUUGUAAAAAAAAUCCUGGAUCAUAACCAUGCCUCCAAUAUAAAAAUAAAGAUCUGGCGUUUCGUCCAGCCAAUCCUGGGUAAAUUCGACGAUAAUACCGAUCUCAGAGAAUUUAAGAAUCGUUGGUCGCAGUGUGUCGGUCCACUUUAACGCGAUCGAUCAGAUUGCCCUGGCUUUCGAGCAAAUUUUCGAAGCAUAGUAAACGCUCAAGGAACCGCUUUGGAUGAAAGCACGGUAAAAAAGCUCGUGAAUGUUAGAUACUUUCGAAAAUCCCCUUGAAGACUCUUAGGCCAUGGUUUUUCUUCGGCGAGGCAAAAACCGUCGACUAAAGUUAAGUUUAGGAAAAAAUUUGCAAAAUUUUUACGCGGAUCGAUCGCCACAGCCGACACAGGACUCGCUUGCAUGUAAGUAGCCGUAUCGAUCCUCAUUUUCAACGAGAAAAGCUCGCCCUUUGUCCACGGAACGCAUGUUUGAAGUUGUCGGAAUAAAAACGUCACGCUCUAAAUAGAAUCGAAUGCAAACAAUAACGAAACGAUCGUGAUCGUUCCAUUACCAUUUAAAUGGGAUGUUCGAAACUUUCAAACGAACUUUAAACACUGAAUUAUAAGUGAAAAUUCCACUUGAUUCAAAUUUAUGGUAAUUCGCCUUGGGAGAUCGAUUUCAAUACCGAUCUCUUUCCUUGGAACUGCCAAAAAAAAAAAAAAAAAAAAAUUACGGUGAACUAUGUGGCCAGUAUCCUCGAUAUACCCGAUUCAUUUUCAAAUAGCAACAUGGGAAUCGCAGUAUAAACUUGGAACGAACAUGUCUCGGGCGUAUUAUAUACGAAAUUAGGAGAACGAGACUAUUCGAAGUUACAAUUGCGGAUAGAUGAGUCACUUUGCUAUCGCAGUUGUUGUUAUCGACAUUAUCGAACGCUGUGCUCGUCGUUAAUGUUGCAUGGAAAUUAUAAUUACUUCGAGAAGCAGUUUGAUCAUUAUUAACACCGUUAUUGCGAAUGCGGAAUUUGAUCGAACAUUAUUACUACUUCUAUUCGAACUGUUAAUUGCCGAAACCGAACUCCCAAACUAUACAUCGAAUUCAACGGUUGUGUUUUGACUUUUAAAAACAAUAAUUUGAAAUAGUUGCAUAAAAGAUGUCUUCUACACUAGGGAACGAUAUUUCAGUCUUUCGGUUUCGGUAAUGUUCUUUGGAAAUCGAAUUAAAAAAUUUUAUUUAUCACCGUCACCUCGUUAAACCAACGAACAGCGAUGUUUCAACAAUGGACAGUCGUUCGAGCUCGAACAAGCUUACCUGUGAAGUUUUAAAAUGAUCUAGCAAAGAUGAGAGGAAUGGUUGGACGGAAAAAAAACGACCCUGGUAACUUAACAGUCGAGUUUGAAGAACGACCCACUUCAGUUUCCUCCUAAACUUUAAAGGAAGAAAUGCUCGGACUCCUCUCUAUCCGUUCAUAUUGAUUUCUUUGGCACUACCUUAAGAGCCGUCUCUGCAUGCCACGCUUCUUGCGAUGAAAACCGAUGUAGCCGUCCCUUAAUCCCUUGUUUGCCGAUACUUUACUAUUAUCGACAGGUGACGUUUUAUUGUCAUCGACAGUUUGAUAAAUGUACCAACUCUAAAUUUUAAGUUUUCAAGUUGCAAGUUUUUCUUUCUCGAAAAUUCCAGACUAGAUAAACACUCUAACCAUAUUUCAAUCUCUAUCUCCGAUUCGAAUGAGCUCGGGAUUCGACUGGUUCGGAAUCCACUAGUGGAUACUCAUCUGUAUCCGAGCUGUGGCGAGGGAAUUAGAAGAGAGGACCUAUCCGUGGAGCUUCCUUUGCCACUCGACCCCGUAUCGUUCGUUAUCCGGGAGGGAGACGGCUUUCUCGGGUUAGAGAAAUGUCUUACGUUGCAUCAACGUAUUACAUUCCUCUCGCUCGGUCAAGGAUCGUCGACGAGGAUAAACCGUUCGAGCCAAGGAGGAUUCCUACGGUGAUUGUCUAUUUACAAUGACACGGGUACACUUUCCGACUAAAGCUUGUGAAAACUCCGAGGACGUGGCUGUGUAUCCUUUACUAACGCGAAACGUGUGUACUCUUCGUUUGGAUGCUUCUAUUGAUAGUCGGAGGACGUUUCUCGGGAGCCAAUAGUUUACCCUCUGCUUGCUUUCCGAUUUCCGGUUUUGUAAACACGAGUUACGUUGCGGAAGCAAGUAAUUUAAUUUGAAAAUUAUCGAGUUACACGUUUCUUUUCGUAGGGAAAUUUUCCGUCGUAAGAAAAUCAAAAUAUUACGUCAAUACGGAAAGAUACUCGGAACGCAAACAACUUAUUUUCCUAUUUCGACGGUUACUUUAUUAAUCGUUUCAGUAGAAACAGUGAAAACGAUAUUUCAACUUUCUUGUCGAACACUUUAUCAUUUUAUGCACCGCGUUGGCGCAAGAAGUAGUAAAACAUUACCGUCAGAAGUACUCCCGUUUCCCUGUGUUAGUUUCCAAGAUAUCAUCCGAGAGGUGAAACUUUGGAAGACAGUUUCACUCCAUAAACCCGCGCGUCUGCAGUCAAACGAACUUCGCGUUCUUAAAUUUUGCGAGCCUCUCGAAUACGCAGUUUUGUCAAAAUUAACGUAAAGCACUUCAAUCUUUCAAAAAAUCAUCUAAAUGUUUUCAAUAUGUAACCUUAUGUUUUCAGCAACUUUCAUCGCCGGUAUUACCUUUCUUAAUUUUUAAUGCACGUACUUUACGGUAUACUUGUUAUCUAAUCAAGUCGAACACGGAACCUAAUAUUCGAACGUUUAAAAUAUGAAUAGCACAUUCGCGCUACACGAGGAUUCGAUGUACUUCAUUACGUUGAAGUUCCACGCCCUUUCUGCCUUUCGAAACCAAUCAUCCAGCACGUUCGAGUCGACGAGAAAUAUUCGAACGAGGAGAUCGUUCGAUAAAUUCACGCAGAUCCCGUACAAUUUGUCGCUGGAUCUCCGUGCACACAAGCGAUAAAAGUGCUCGCAUCCGUGGGAAAGCGUUCGAACCGGAUAUGCUCUUUGGAAAAAAACAACGAAUAUCCUUGCGUUUCACAGCGCGCGUGUAGCUGAUGCAGGUGUCUCGCAAGGAUCGCCUUGUUUCCUUGUUACGAGCCGUUUUAUAGCGAGGCAUGUUCUUACGCGGUGGUCACCGAUCCGAUCACAAACGUUUUCGAACGCUAAUAAAAGCGCGUAAUAAAAGCUCGUCCGCACCAGUAUUGGCGACGGCGCCGUAAAUAUGCUGUAAAUAAUGUUUGCGAUCGAUGUUAAAUCGUUCGGAUGUAGCGGGAGCUCUUAACUGGGAACUGUUCAUGGAAGCCACUCGAUUCGGUGUUAUCGAUCUAUCGAAUUACGAUUGACAACUCUCUGGUGUUUUAAGUUGACGUUUUUUAUUUUAAUAAAAUUGAAGACCUUUCAAUCAGUGAAAUUAACAUAAGAAUGUAUAACGUUCCAUCGAUUCAUCGAAAAAGACCUAACGACAAGUAUAUAUAAUAUCCAUAAACACUUGUCUGGACAAUUGCCAUUGCCGAGAAUCCGUAUUUGUCGAGUGACUCUUAUCCCAAGCCAGUGACAAGGAACGAAAAUAUUUAUCUUCGCGGGCCAAAUGAAACCGAUACGUCGAGAAAUAAAUUCGGCUCCUUCGAAAGGGGCUGCGAGUUGAGAACUGGCGCUCUGAACCCUCUUUCUUCGUGACGCGUCGCCAUAUAUUGUCCCCGAUAACAAUGGCAGGUGGAUUUCGACGAUUGGGACCGAUUCCUGGUAAAUAGGGAUCGUGCCGAUAUCGGCUUUCCUGGCCUAAUGCGGUGUUUAAUCCGCGCUGGUAAAUUUAUAGAAAUAAGAAAAGCUGGAACGGUGACUGCUGUUCGAAGAUUUUCAAGAUAGCGAGAUGGGGAUAUCCAGCGUGGGGGGUCUCGCGAUUGAAUUGGAGCGUGCAAGAUAGAACUAAGCCCUUGUUGGCACCUAUGACCCUCAAGCUUUACGCCAUGCCCGCAUUCUCUUCGAUGGAGAACCGUGUUAACUCGAAAAUUGGUUUCACAGCGGAAACUUCGACUGGAAUUGAACACAGAGAAACGCCUUCGAUUUGCGUUCGUGCGCGCGGUCGAUGCAAGACGCGAUAAAACUGUUAAUCCUUCCACGAACAAGGGGCGGUUUGUGCUGAAAAUUUAUUUUAAUAAGCACUCAGACAGGAUUGAAAAACGAAAAGUAUCGGAGAGGACAUGAACAAAAUUAACGAAGUUAAAUCAUAGUUUUGACAUUAUUAAAUGAAUUUUUCGGAAUGGAUGUAAAAUGGUAUUCGAAGAGCCAUUAAUGAGGGAGCGAUUGCGAUAUUGUUCCUUCAACGGGGUGGUUGUUCGAAAGUCGAUGAAGUAAAGUUGCAGAGACGUGUGACACCAGAAGGUUAAUUAACUUCCGGUGUCCCGAGGGCAGUCGAUGUCGGAUCGAUCUUUCUGUCUUCGAUUCAUUCGGAUUUUCGCCCGGAGGGGAAAGAAGUUAAACGCAACCCCUUCGUUCCCGCGGAUGCCCUAUUGAUUAGAUGGCAGCUUUAAUUUCCGGCGAUAAACAGUGUACAAAGGCUCUGAGCGUUGUACACGAGUACAUCGCGCGUAUAAUACGAGCGAUGAGGAUAGAAAUAAAUUAUCCAUACGUUAUUUUCGAUAUUCAAUGAUCACAAAUUUUUAUCUUUGGUAGGAAUUCUGAAUGAAGGAAGGUUAUUUCAUUAUUUUUCUAUCACUAAUGAAAUUCGACGAUUGAGUUUAACGAAUUUGAUACGAAUAAUACACCUUUCGAAACGUGCAAAAUUUUACGUUUGAAAUAUUAUUGGAGUGGAAAAAUAUUUAUUUAGUCAGCGGUAAAGAAUGGAGUAUCGCGUGGGCGUUAAUUGAAAACGGGUCAUUAAUAAAAUGUACGUAUACGAGAACUUUGUUAUCGUACUUUUGAAACGUUACCCGUUUACUUUGAGCAAUUGUUAACAAAUGAUUUUAAAUUGCUUUCGAUUUGUUCCGAUAAUAAACAUUAUAACUUAUUAUUUAUUUAUUGUUUCCUCCGUUGAAAUUGCGCAACGUUUAAUAAAGGUUUGACGUACGAAGAGAAAUGGUGAAUGCAAUUAGCAAUAAUUAAACAUCGAUACUUACUAUCGAUGCAAUAAGAACGGCAAAAUAAUUCCACGAUAGGUUAUAGAUGGAAUAAAACAUUGAAUUCGUUGGUGGAAUGGUUUCUCGUUGCGUUCGAUAGAAUUUCUUUGUCUAGAAAUUCUGGAUUACACGUCGAAACCGUGACGUUAUCGAAUCAAAACAGAAGAAGAGAAUGGGGCAGCUAAAGUCGAUUCAGCUCUGUCGAUAACUAAUUGAAAUGUUCGAUUUUCAUUGUAACAAAAAUUAAUUUUCUGCUUUCCAUGAGUAAACUUUUGUCACAGACAUAGCUAAAUUACUUUAGCAACCGAGAAUGGUACAAUUUUAUUUCGAAACGCGCCUCUCGUAUCUGGAGAAAUAUUCUAAUUGCACGUGUAAUGAACUUAACGAUUUGCUGCUCAACGAAAUAGAAUCCUUUAGUGACAAAAGAUCUCGGGUCAAUAUCGAACACUGACACCAUUAAUUUUAAAAUAUAUCGAUGACUUCGAAGAAAUAAAUUGAACUAAAAUAUAAGUGAUUCAUACGUGUAUAAUAGCAUGAAGAAGUGAAGCAUAGCCAGGCUCUUUAGUUCCCUAUUAAAAUUCAAUCAAACUUUGUAAGACUUCGUUACAUGAAUGAAAGUAAUUUAAAAAUUUUUCUUGAACAGUUUGGCAUAGAAGAGAAAGAAGAAAACAACGUUGGAAAGUUAACGUAGUUCAUGAUCAAGAAUAAAAAUAUUCAAUUCGUAUACAAAAUGCAUUUGCACAACUCUGAGAUUCCGUUUCUUGAUUCAUUUUCAUUGGUCGCUAAAUGCGCUGAAAUGUCUUCUUCGGAAGAUUGUACAAACGAUGAACAAAUUUUCAUUAUAACAGUCCAUCUAGAGAAAUGGGGCAAAGUGCAUCGAAACGUAAUAUCUAGGAUAAUCUAUACUUGUACAGAAAAUGCACACAAUCGGAUAUGCUUAGAAGACACGUUCACGUUUGAAGUUUGGAUGGAUGAGUUAAUGGAGAAAAUGAACAGAAGAAGACGCAGGUUGCAUGAAAUUAAUCCUAGAACGUCUGCUUAUCAACGUCCCACUUUCUCUUGAUUAAUGUCUUCCUUUCCCACUGCAACUCUUUCGAAUAUCAAUUUAUUAUAUUCUUUUGCAUGAAGCUUUUUCAAAUCAAGAAAGGACGAGAAAUUACUUCUUGCAAGAAACUGAAUGCAAAUGCAAGCUGAAAUUCAUUUGUUUCGCAGUCCCUGUCGCUGUCCAACACUCAGCCUAGGUGUACACCGCGACAGCUUUCUAAGGAAAUAUUUCACACUUAUCGAUCGACCUAAAUCAGAAUGACGAUUAGAGGGGACAAUAACGUACCCAAUCGAUGAUGAAGUAGACACGCGAGAAAGUAAAAAGCAUUGUCGCGAACACGCGAGGAAUCUGAAGUUUUUCACCGACUCCGAGCGAAGGCCGAUUCUUAUCAAUUAGGGUACUCCGAAGAGUUUAAGUGGGAAAUAUCUUUCUCGUUUCACCUAGGUAUAGGUUCUGAGCAGACGAGAAAUGGGACUGUAGGACUAUCCUUUUCCUUUUCGACGCCUUUCGUUGCUAGAGACCGUCAUAGAGAACAUGCAUAAUUUGCACGCGUAGAUUAUCGAGUAAAAUAAGAAACACCGAAAUCGUGGAGUCACGACGAAAGCGUGUAGUGUAUGUGUGUGUAUAAAAGAGAGUGUAGAUACGAGAAUUGAUAAUCGUCAUCGUACAAGCCUACAUAUACUGGAAAGCCGAAGAGAAUGGACCUAAAUGGAAUUCAGAGUCGGUAAUCGGAAUUUUUAAAAAAGUUUGUUUCGCUAUCGAUCAAGAUUUUAUUGCCACGCGGAGAAGUGACUCGCGGUAUUGUUACCAUCAAAAUCAUUUAGGGUCAUUCCUCGUAGCUCUUUGCAGUAGUCUUCGUUCACAGCGAAACCGAACUUAAAGUUAACCCGUUAACUGCGUAAUCGCAUCGUGUGGUGCAGUCGUGGGCAAAAUUUUGUUCGAACGUCGUUUAUUUGCAACGUUUUGAUCAAACGGUGAUAGAUAAAUAGUUCAACUUUGGUGUGUGUUUAAAUGAAAAUUUUGCUCGCCUCUGCUUUAGUGAAACUCCAUACGGUGACUUAUUUUUUACGGAGCGCACCGAAUGAAGGCAAUUUGGUGUCUGUAAUUAUGUUUGUAAUUGUAUAAACAUAAUCAUAAAUAUGUAAGUGUGAGAAGUUUUCAGCACCAAAGACACACAGCUAUGGGGUUAAGAUUUUAGCGUCACGAGUGGAUCGUAAUCCGCGAGACCAAACUCCGAAAUAGAUAACGAGAGCUCACCGAUAUAUACAUAAAUGAAUAAAUAUAUACAUAUAUUUCUGUAAAUAACGUGAAUACGAAUUAUUACAAAAUGGAAUUUACUAUAGAUAUCUGUAUAUUAUUGUUUCAUAAAAAAGGGAUUUCAGAAAUGUG